AGAUGAGGAGAAAGGCUUCCAGUCUACUUCCUCUGCUUCUCCUACUGAGAUCUCUGUCGAACACUUCUAACGGUGGUGGCUUCUUCCUCUUAUUCUUCUUCACCGGCGUUAUCCGUAUCACCAUGGAGGAUGGCAUCGCACCGAUCGCCCCUCCCUUCGGUGUCAUCGCCUCGCGUACGUUCUCUUCGCUUUCCGGCCCGUUCGUCGUUCUCUUCGUCGUCGGCCUCGAAGAAGCCAAGUGCUUGCGAUCUUUCUCGGGGCUUGCUCCCCUGACUCCUCUUCUCUCCAUUGGCUUCGAAAUGCAUCUACAGUGGGGGCGAAUUCUAUGCAACGGGACAUGGAAAGCAUGUUCCGAAACUGAACAGGCCUCCAGCUCGGUGGAAAGCACUACUACAUGGCCUUACAACCCAACCAUUAUGGCAGGAUAAAAACCAUAAGAGCAUGGGCACGUGCGACGAGGAAAUAUGUAGAUAAGAUGUUAACAGUGGCGAAGGAUGGAUCCCUCCAUAAGAGGAGACAAGCAUAUAUGAGAAGCAAAUAGUCCAUGUGUUACUUGCAGAAGAUCAAGACCGUCAUGAUGAUAGAAAUGGAGGGUACACAAGAAUUGUCAGAAUUCUAACUAGGUGAGGAGACAAUGCACCAAUGGCUUAAAGCUUUUUUAGGUAAUUACCACUCUUUAGUCUUGAAAUUCUUAAAAGCAACUCAAUGAUGGACA